AUGGGUUGGAACAAUAUGUCUUCAAACAAUAUGCAACCUCAGGAGGCCUACUCUGACUUGCUAAGUUUCACAUUCGAUGGCCCAAAGCCUUACAACCAGAAUCAACCACUGUUUAUUGAUGCCGAGGAUCCUUCCCGAUCAUUCACAGCUGCCCAAUUCCGACAACUAGUCCGGACCCUGAUCGCUGGUUUGAAAGCCCACAAUAUCCAGCCAGGGGAUUGUGUAUUGCUACACUUGGGAAAUAGCAUACUAUAUCCCGCACUCUUCUUCGGUAUAAUUGGCGCAGGCGGUGUCUACAUGGGCUCAAACCCCCGAAGCCACCCCCAAGAACUCGAUCACAUCCUCAGUCUCGCCGAACCAAAACUGAUCCUCACAACCCGCGAUGCCCUCCCUACCGUCCUUGACGUCUCCGCAGCCCGAGGCAUCCACCCAGCCCAAGUCUGUCUCGUGGACGACCGAGCCAUCGACCACUGCGCCCAACUAUUUCUCUGGCAUGAACUCGGCUAUUCAGCAGCCGGCCAAUUCUUCGCAAUGAGCAGCGAUGCCCGUCACAACAACUUCGCAAAUCUACUUUGCUAUGGCGAAAGCGACUGGCUGAAAUUCUCCGAUCCUGUCAUCGCACAGGCCACGCCUGCAGCUAUGUACCCGACCAGCGGUACCGGCGGACUACCCAAAGCAGCAAUCUUGUCCCACUAUGCACUUGUCUCACAGCACCGUACCAUUUACUACGAAGUGCCUCAUCCAGUCAGCCGUCUCAUCUCGCUGCCUAUGUUUCAUCUGUUCGGCGCGCUUUGGACACAUCUCUUCCCUGUCCGAUACGGACAUCCAUUGUUCGUCCUGCCGCGCUUCGAGGUCAAUGAUUUCUUGGCUGCUGUUCAGAAGUACCAGAUCUCGGAGACUUAUCUCGUCCCGGCUAUCAUUCACUCGAUCAAUCAGUCAACCGUGCCUAUCGGUGAUAUGUUGUCGUCGCUGCGCUAUGUUGGUGUUGCUGGCGCUCCUAUUGAUGGUCAUUCCAUGCAACAGUUCCGCAGAUAUAUCAAUCCCAUGGGAUAUGCUUGUCAGAUCUGGGGAAUGACCGAGGUCGGUGUUACAUUCCAGACUCGCUAUGGCCAGCAGGGCGACCCGGGCAGUAUUGGUACCUGUAUUGCUGGGUACGAGGCCCGGUUGGUGGAACCUGAUGGUAAAAUCGUGCAGGGCGAUUGUCGCUCCGGUGAAUUGUACGUCCGUGGACCGGGUCUGCUUAGUGCAUACAAAGGCCGCACGGACGCAUUGGAGCCACAUGGAUGGUUCCGAACGGGAGAUGUGGCGUACGUCAAGCAGGGCCAAUAUUACAUUGUUGGACGGACGAAGGAGCUCAUCAAAGUACGAGGAUGGCAAGUCGCCCCAGCUGAAGUCGAAAGCGUCCUCCUCCAACACCCAGGAAUCAUCGACGCCGCCGUGAUUGGCGUGCACAAGGAUGGCGUGGGCGAGCUUCCACGGGCAUUCGUCGUUCGCUCUCGCGACCCAUCCGUUCGCCGCCUAACCGCCGAACAGGUUUACAAUUAUGCACGCCAGCAGCUGGCGAAAUACAAAGCUCUCGAUGGAGGUGUCAUAUUCGUGGAAGAGAUUCCACGCACUGCAAGUGGAAAGAUUCAGCGGUUCAAGCUGUCACAAAUGAACUCCUAUCGGGAGAUGGUGGCGUCGUUGCUAUCCGGAUUUGAAGGUGACGCUUCUGCAGCCACUCGACGUGGACUACCCGCUGCAAGGUCCCCUAUUGGUCUCAUCCCGGAAGGACGGGUGGCAGUCUAA